AUGUUAAAGAAACAAAGCCACGCGGAAAGGGAAGUGAACAUGGCGAUACAGAGCGUUUCGAGGUACCAGAGCAGCGCCGUCGAGGCGACGGAGCCGCCCAAGGCGUCCCGCAUCAGUUUCAGCGUGGCCUCCAUACUGGCCGACACGAAGGGCAGCCAGGCGGGGGAAACGGCCGAGAUCAUAAGGCACCACAGGACGAUACCGGAGUCCCCGCUGCGGCAGUCCCCCGCCGCCCAGCCGGAGCUCCCCGGCGAAAAGUCCCUCUCGCCCAGGCCCUCCUCGCAAACGUCGCCUGUGAACCUCAACGCGUCAGCGACGGUCACUUCCUCGGAGGACGAGUACGAGGACUCAGUAAACCAGGAGGACUCUAUAGUUGACGUGGAAGACCUCCAGAACGGGAUAGCCAGUGAUGACGAGGAGAGAUCGUCGACGGGGAAUGAGAAAGGGAGGCUGGGCCCGAUUAGGCCGACACCGUUUAGCGCGUUAGCGGCGGCAGCGGCCGCUUACCACGGCCUAGGUUGGCCUGGACCUCCGUCAGUGGUACCCUCGUUCGGACCCCUCUUCCAGUCCCACUUCCCCGGACAUAUAACAGACGUGAACGGGGAGCCACCGAAGCUCAAAUGCAAUCUGAGGAAGCACAAGCCAAAUCGGAAACCGCGGACGCCGUUCACCGCUCAGCAGCUGCGAGCGCUUGAGAGCAAGUUCGUUGACAAGCAGUACUUGAGCAUCGCUGAACGCGCUGAAUUCUCAUCGUCGCUGGGACUGUCCGAGACACAGGUGAAGAUAUGGUUCCAAAACCGGCGCGCGAAGGCGAAACGCGUGCAGGAGGCUGAAAUCGAGAAGCUCAAAAUGGCGCAGUUUUCCCGCCACCCCCACCACCUGUACCCGCAUCCCGCGCUCCAACAGUAUUUCCAUCCCCACCCCCUCAUGGGGGGAGGGCGCCCCAUGCCGCACAUGGGGCUGCCGCCUCACUUGUCUAUGGUGCAAUCCCCUGUCUCGGGGACUCCCUCGCCCAGCACACAGACGAGCGGCCAACAG